ACCAUGAAGAUGAUCUGCACCAUCUUCCUUGUGGGGUUCCUGACCCUUUGGACAAAGCUGCCAUCUGUUUCAGGCUUGCCUCCAAUACACAAAGUGGGAACAUGCCCUCCAAAUCCAUUUCGCUGCUCUGUGCCAGGACAUAAUGCUUGUAAUAUUGACUACGACUGCCCAGGAAUCAAAAAAUGCUGUUAUUGGAAUUGUGGCAAGAUCUGCAAAUAUCCACAAGAUAAGCCUGGCAGCUGCCCAGUCCUUCCUUAUAUCUGCUCAAUCCCAGGAGGUGAUGUUUGCAACCAUGACUAUGAUUGCCCAGGAAACCAAAAGUGUUGCUAUAUAAGCUGUGGGAAAAAAUGUGCAGCCCCAUGACAAAGUGCCAGCGG